ACGCUCGUGGGGGCCGCGGGAGUGCCCGUGGCCCUUUGAAGUGUUGGAAGCGCUUUCCCCGCGCGAGUUUCUCCAAGGGGGAAACUGAGGCCCCGAGGGCAGGCAGGGUUCCGUUUGGCCAUGUAUCCCCAGGGCCUGGCACACAGUCAGCUUUUCAUAAAUGCGUGUGGAAUGAAUGAAUGCGGGAGCCCGCGUCUCAGGACUCAGGAGGCCACAAGCCAGCGGCCCGGGCGCCAUGCAGUAGGCGCUGCAUAGAUGGUAAAAGGCAUCAGAGGGUCGGAGUCAGCAUUUGAACCCAGGGCCGACCCUCCUUCCUCAGAGGCCGUGAGUGGGGUCCCUUCCAGCUCUCAGGCUAAGGCCCUGGGAGGGCCCCAAGCCCUGCUCAGCAUGCCUCAUCCCGGCAUUGCUGGUCACUCUGGGCUCUGUUUGUUUUUCAUUUUUUAGAUAAAGAAAACUCCCCCCCCCCCGAACUUAAACGUCAAAUAAGUUAAACGUUUCUAUAUAUGAAGAAUAGAAAAGUGGCGUGUACGGGAAACAAAAUUUCUUUUUUGUGGACCUGUUGCUUUCCUUUUUAAGUGUAUAGUAAUCCACUGUAUAAGUUAAUAAGCUUUUCUGAUCGUGUGUAUUGCCUUCUUGCCUUCUGUCUUUGUGCCUUUCUUUUUUAAAGUUCUUUUGAUUUUGGGAGCUCUAUUAUUAGCUUCCCACUUUUUUUCUGUGCCCCUCCCCUCUCUUGGAAAAAGUAAAACAAAAAUACAACCCUUGCAACAAAAGUAUAGUCAAGUAAAACAAAAAUAUACAUCUUGUGCAUCUCCUGCACCCUGAGUCAGUCACAUCUCUGGAAAUGGGUCAUCAGGCCUUUGGAGUUGGGGUUGGUUGGUACUUGUCAGAGUUUUUAAGUCUUUCAAAAUUAUGUUUCUUUACAGUGUUCUUCCAUGAAUUGCUCUCCUGGUUCUGUUCACUUCCCUCUGUGUCAGUUCAGACAAGUCUGCCAGGUUUAAUCAAUACUAUGAAACACUUGAGUAAAAACAAGUUGCCUUCACCUGCCACAUUUGAAAGAAUCGUAUAUAAAAAUCCCUCUGAGUACCAUUACAUGAAAGUCCAACUUGAAUUUCAAGAUCACGGAUUUAGAUUAACUGAUGCACAGUUCAAACAAUUGAUUGUUUUGGCCCUGAGGGACUUGUUUGGAGAGGUUGGUGCUGCCUUACCCUUUGAUGUAUUGACAUAUGAAGAAAAGACCUUGUCAGCUAUCCUGAGAAUCUGUAGCAGUGGCCUUGUGAAGUUGUGGAGUUCUCUGACCCUGCUGGGGUCCUAUCAGAACAAGAAAUGUGCCUUCAGAGUGAUGCAGGUUUCUCCAUUUCUUCUUGCAUUAUCUGGUAAUAGUAGAGAAUUCAUAUUGGAAGAGUAGGAAUUGAAUUGGAAUUCACUGAAAACGAA